AUGGCCACUGAUAAAAUCACCUUUUUGUCCAACUGGCAUGCCACCCCUUACCACGCCCCUGUCUACCUUGCUCAGGCCAAAGGCUUCUUCAAGGACGAAGGACUCAAGGUCGCUCUCCUCGAACCCAACGACCCCAGUGACGUCACCGAGAUAAUCGGCAGCGGAAAAGUAGAUCUAGGCUUCAAAGCCAUGAUCCACACCCUCGCCGGAAAAGCCCGCGGCUUCCCCAUCCUCUCAAUCGGCUCCCUCCUCGACGAACCCUUUACCGGUGUAGUCUACCUAAAGUCCUCUGGCAUAACCACCGAUUUCCGCUCCCUGAUGGGAAAACGCAUUGGCUAUGUUGGCGAAUUCGGAAAAAUCCAAAUCGACGAGUUGACUGCCCAUUACGGCAUGAAGCCCUCCGACUACACUGCCAUUCGCUGCGGUAUGAAUGUCACCAAAGCCAUCAUCAAAGGCGAAAUCGACGCUGGAAUUGGUCUCGAAAAUGUCCAAAUGGUUGAAUUGGCCGAGUGGCUUGCUGAGAAUGGCAAAUCUCGCUCAGAUGUUCAAAUGUUGAGGAUUGACAAACUUGCAGAAUUGGGCUGUUGCUGUUUUUGCUCAAUCUUGUAUAUCGGCAACGAAACCUUUAUUCGCGAGAACCCUGGCAAGGUGCGUGGGUUCCUUCGCGCUUGCAAGAGGGCUACCGAGUAUAUCCUUGCUUCUCCUGCUGAGGCGUAUGAGGAAUACGUGGAUUUCAAACCUGCUAUGGGGACAUCCCUCAACCGCAAGAUUUUCGAGAGAAGUUUUGCGUAUUUUAGCAAGGAUCUCAAGAAUGUUGCUAGAGACUGGAACAAGGUGACUGCUUAUGGCAAGAGACUCGGUGUUUUGCCAGAGGGGUACGAACCCAAUUACACCAAUGAGUUUUUGGAGUGGGGGUUGGAAAAGGAAUCCGAGGACCCCAUUGGUGAUCAGAAGAAGAUGGUGGUUUUGCAGGAGAAGGUUGCUGAGGAGGGUGGAUUCCACCGUCUUGGUGAGACUGUUCAGGGAGCUCUUGUUGAUGCUCAGGCAUGCUUGAUGUAA